ACGACGAGAUUGUUUGAAAACGAAGCAGGGCCAAAGGGUGAAAAGGAUCUUGUUGGCUCCGAAAAUUAACCUCAAGUAGACAAAAAUAAGAGUUAAACUUAAACGACAGUGUUUUGAACGAGACCUGGCCAAACGUCUAGACGAUGAAGCACAAUCAAAGCCGUCUGGUGGCGUCGGCAUCGUAUUUCUUAAGAAAACUCUCCACUGCGACAGCGGAUGGGGUGGAUAUCGUGGUGCCAAAACCCGCCGUAAAUGAGAGUGGUCCUCCUAUAUACAGGAGGCUGUCGGCGCUGGGAGCGACGGGAGGGAGCGUCACAAAGACGUUAAAUGAAUACAUUAUGGAGGGCAAAAUCGUUAGAAAAGAUGUACUCGGCCGGUGCAUAAGGGAGCUUCGCAAGUAUCGUCGGUUCAAUCAUGCGCUUGAGGUGCUGGAGUGGAUGGAGAAGCGGAAAAUGAACUUCUCCUCCCUUGACCAUGCUUUUCGUUUAGAUCUUGUUGCGAAAACAAAAGGGAUUGUAGCAGCUGAGAAUUACUUCAGUGGGCUCUCACUACCUGCAAAAAACCAAUUAACUUAUGGAACUCUUUUGAACUGUUAUUGUAAGGAACUCAUGACUGAAAAAGCCUUAGCUCUAUUUGACAAGAUGAGCGAAUUGAAAUUCACCUCCAAUUCUUUACCUUUUAACAAUCUCAUGUCCAUGUAUAUGAAAUUGGGCCAGCCUGAGAAGGUGCCUUCAGUAGUGGAAGAAAUGAAGCGGAGGAACAUAUCUCCAUGCAAACAUACUUAUAUUCUUUCGAUGCAGAGCUGUGCAAGUUUAAAUGACAUUGAUGGAGUAGAGAGAAUUGUGGAAGAAAUGUCCAACAACGGUGAAGACAAAUUCACAUGGACAACAUAUAGUAAUUUAGCAGCAAUCUAUGUCAAAGCUGGACUUUUUGAGAAAGCGGAGUUAGCUCUUAAGAAGCUAGAGGAAAUGAACCCUCGAGAGCGUGAAGCUUACCAUUUUCUUAUUAGUUUGUAUGCUGGUACUUCUAACCUGGGCGAGGUCAUUCGGAUAUGGAACUCCCUGAAGGCAGCUUUGCCUUCAACUAAUGUAAGUUAUAUGGCCAUGCUUAGUGCUCUUGCUAAACUAGAUGCUAUCGACAUGUUGAAACAAUGCUUUGAGGAGUGGGAAUCUAGUUGCUCCAGCUAUGAUAGAAGGUUACCACAAGUUGCUAUCCGUGCUUACUUAAAGCAUGACAUGUACGAAGAAGCUGUGUCGGUCUUUAACGACUUUAUUACAAGGGCUAAACCGCCCUAUUUCAAGGCUCAGGAGGCAUUCAUGAUUUACCACUUGAGGACGCGUCGACUGGACUUGGCUUUGAAUGAAAUGAACAAAGCUAUUUCUGGAGAUGAGGAAUAUGAAUGGUGUCCAAGAAAAGAAACAGUGAAUUCAUUUUUUACAUACUUUGAGGAAGAGAAAGAUGUUGAAGGAGCAGAGGGGUUCUGCAAGGUUCUAAAGUCCCACAAUUGUCUCAAUACCAGUGCUUACCACUCAUUGAUAAAGACUUACAUAGCUGCCGGCAAAUCGGCGUCCAAAAUGCGGGAGAGGUUAGAGGAGGAUAAUAUUAAAAUAAGCCAUGAGCUUGAGAUCUUGCUUGCAAAGCUUAGCCCUCGAUAGACCCAAUAUGUCAGAUUUUUGAGUUAUGUAAUUUACAUUAUUCAAUUUCCAUAAUUUGAACGUAGUGGCAGCUUACUAGUAAUCCAAGUUGUGUGCGUGGAUUGACUGUUUCAUCGAAGAUUCAUCCAGGCAAAUAAAAUAAGAGAUGCUACUUUAGAGCUCCA